GAGCUUAAAGCAAGAUGGCGGACAGACCAGUGCCCAUUGCUGAGAAGAGGCUCAUGGAUGUGAAGCUCAGUCAGCUGCCAUCCUGGCUCGGUACGAGGGACUUCACUCCUAACGGCCUCAUCGGCUCUGUUCGCAGAGGCUAUGAAAGAUAUUACAACAAGUACAUUAACGUGAAGAAGGGAGGAUUUGGUGGUGUAGCCAUGAUCCUUGCUGGUUACGUUGUACUCAGUUAUGUUUGGGAAUACGAUCAUAUUAAGCAUGACCGCUGGAGGAAGUACCAUUGAAGCGUUUAGGACAUCAUGGACCACUGAGCCUCUUGGGCUGUCCCAACUAGUGUGAUCAGCACACCUUUCUUUCAUGGUUGUUGUGUAUAAGUUUAUUUGUGACCAAGAAAUAAAAACUAAAAUGAA